AUGCGCGCGCCCAACCUUUCCGUGGCGGUUGCAUUAUUGGCAAUUGCAGUAGUCACAGGCCCACGACUAGUGAUCUACAUGGUUGGUGGGCGUGAGCGGGAUACGGUGAGGCUCGCGGUUACUCGCCCUGUGCUGCAUCUCCAUCUUGGGCGUUUUUUUGAUCCGUUCCUCUUUUUUUUUAGCGAGCAGUACAGUCAGCAUAGGCUGUGCAACCCGCGGUAUCCCGAAUAG